AUGUCCAAAAGAAACCUGUUCAUACAGCAUCUUCAGACCUGCAGCGUUACUUCAGCCUCCUCUGUCUCUGAUGCUACUCGUGCCUGUGGAUCCUCCCCUGCCUCAUCAGUGUCCUGUGCCCGUGGAGCCUCCUCUGCCUCAUCCGUCUCUGGAGCCUCCCCUGCCUUGGCAGCCUCCCCUGCCUUGGCAGCCUCACCUGCCUUGGCAGCCUCACCUGCCUUGGCAGCCUCACCUGCCUUGGCAGCCUCCCCUGCCUUGGCAGCCUCACCUGCCUUGGCAGCCUCACCUGCCUUGGCAGCCUCACCUGCCUUGGCAGCCUCACCUUAUUAUCCAACAAUGUCCACCUUUCAAAGCAGGAACGCAUGUAACUCUCAAAGAAGAGGUUCUGACAGACAUGGAAGAGUACCUCUCUCUGAACCAAUCUUGGUAUCAGAGAAAGCCAAGAUUAUCACAAGCACAGGUGUAAAAGAUGUAUCUACAUAUUGUAAGAAGUGUGGGAUUUGUGGAACCUUCUACCGAUACCAGGAGUGGAAUGAGGGGCUACACAACUUUGACGACCAUGUUGUGCUUACAUUACACCUUUGCCUUUUCCUGAGACAGUGUGUGCAGAAUCACACUGCAGUUGGGAGGGCAAUCGACAUCCUCGAACAAACUAGUAAUACCAAAUUUCCAAACCACGACGCCAUUCUACAUGGCUAUCUGCACUUCGAAGCGCUGACAGCACAUAAUUAUAAUUAUUCUUGUGUAAAUUGUGGGGUCCAUCCACCUGUGGUCAUAAUGGAUUUGCACAAAAAGGGAGUGUUUAGUAUGCCUGUGACUGACAUUGAAGAUCCCCCAUCUAACUUUGAUGGACGUGUUGAUGCGGAGGAAUUCUGGCACUCUGUUGAAAAAGAAAUAGUUUGCAGAGGGUUUUUAAAAAGUAAUCGAGACAAUCCAUGUAAAGUGCCUCCAUCAUAUGAUAAAUGGGCACCAUGGAUCGGACCUCAUACGAGAGCUGAGAAAGUACUUCUCAAUACAGAGUUUGCCAAAUGUGCAACCAAAAAACCUGUCGCAGAAAUGACAGACAUUGAAAUAUCAGAGGAACGUCUGUCAAGUGAACUUAUGAACUUGAAGGUUGAUACUUUGAGGAAACUCGUUCGUGAAUGUGGCGUUGACUCAAAAGGAUCCAAAAUGGACCUCCUCCUGCGUUUGAGAGACGAGAUGAAAACCAGGAGCACCUAUGACAAAGUUUUUCAGGCUGUUUGGGGAGCAUCAGGUGGCUGGGCAGUCAUCAUGUGCCCUUGUGGCAUUGUAAACUCUAUAAAAUUCAAUAUAAGAGCUGAAAGCCCAAGAGACUACACAGAUAUGUUGCUAUCCUUUAAACAUUUCCCAAACAUUACCAUCUAUGAUUUUGCACGAGGAUUAGUGACCCACACCAACCUACGGGAGCCAGAGAGACUGCCUUUCAGCCCACAUGAGGGAAGACUGGCAACAGCUACACCAGAGAACAUUUCAUCUGCCAAGAGUGGUAAACUACGAAUCAGUUUGCCAUGGUUGCAGAAGAAAAAGUGCCCACCAGAUCUUCAUGGCCACCCUGAAACGGGCUCUGAAGAUCAUUAUGCACUAUAUGACACUUUUCAUCAAUUCAAUACAAAAGAUGAGAAGGAUUCCCUGAGACUCAUUGGACUGGUACCAGAGCUAGGCGGGUGGCUGAAUUCACAGACCGCUGAGCAGCUCUUCUCUGGAAUGCGUAAAAACAACUACUUCAUGAACUCUCUUUCCCCAUCAAGCCAUGUAUUCCUGAUGCGUAACAUCUUACACCACCGCAAUGACAGACUUAACCAGCAGGCUAUUUACAGUUUAAAGAAGGCUUUUAACGGAAAUGUCAUCCUUGACACAAAUGGAAAAGCCAUUCUAACCACCAGUGUUUCGCUUCCUUUCAAUGUCUCUGCGACCACUGGUUCCUCUGCUGCGACCACUACAGAGUCAAGAAAUUCAGAGUCACAAGGAGCACAAGAACACAUAGCAAAGGAUGUGGACAGACUUGGCUGUGGAUGGUAUUGUGAAGCCGCAACACAGACCUCCAACCUCAGACCAUGUCGAUCCUCCUGGACAAUAGGGGACCACCCAGAGCAACAACAACUGCUGGGAUACAUUCUAGAUGAUAAGCAUCCAGAAAAUGAAAUAAUAAUCAAAGACUGCAACACUUGCCUGACGAGGGGAAAUUUCCAGACUUUGGGGCUUCGAAAGGACAUGGAUUCCGAGUACAUAUAUUCACAGAUGGGAAAUGCUUGUCUGCGCCUCGUGCAGGAAAUCCUUCAGAUACAGGGAAAAUCAAUUCAUGUUGUUGACCUGUAUAUACCCCCAACAUGGCUGCCAACUUCUAAUUGCAACCCUGCUGAAGGCUUGCCAGUUAUGAAGCCAAUGCAGAAAGAGAUUCUGUUCAUUGACUCUCAGUAUCACAUGAGAAAGCAGGGCUUUGGGCAUGACGGUUAUCGUACUUGCAUCAGUGCUCUUGCGCAGAAACUGGCUCCAGGUCCCUGGAUUGAAAAAACAGGGAAAGACAUAGAGGGACUUCCCCAACAGACACAUGCCAAUGACUGUGGCAUUUUUAUGAUAAUGUAUACUUGGUACCUAAUCCUUGGUGCACCAUUUGACUUCACUGUCGACGAUAUGCCAGUACUGCGAAGAUGGUGGUGUGUAGUGCUAGUGGAAAACCUACACCUGGAAGGGCAUGGAAGACGAUUUGCUCAUUUCACUAAAGAGGGCAAGCAAAUGGUCAAUGGGUGCCUUUCACCCAUCUUCAGACUGAAGAGGAAGAGACCGUGUACUGAAGUGACAAAUCAGCGCCCUUGGACAAUGACUAACCAGGCAAAAACAACUGAAAUUGUCCAGCUAACGCAGUUGAAUCACGAAUGCCUCCUCUGA